AUACAGAAUUUAUUGUACACGAAAGAAUUUGUAUACGUAUGGAAACGUUUUGCGUAUUUUAAUUUUUAUCAUGUGUAUUAUUGUUUCUAAACAAUGCAAGAAUUGCUAAAAGUGAGCUUGUAAAGUACACGUUAUGCACUGCAAUAGCUGGUCUGUAAAGUUUUCAUCUCAAUUUUAAGCAAGAAUCGUAUCAUAUCGUACUACAUCAUAUAGCAUCGUAUGGCACUGCAUCAUGUAGUAUGGUGUAUUACUGCAUGAUAUAGUAUCGUAUGGUUCUGCAUCAUAUAGCAUCAUCUUCAUCAUGUAUCGUAUGGUACUACUUCUUAUAGUAUCCUGUGAGCAUCGUAUGGUACUUGAUCAUAUAUCAUCGUUUAGUGUUACAUCAUAUAGUUUCGUGUGGUACUAUAUGUUAUCGUACUACAUCUUCUGUAAUAUCAUAUGUAGUAUGGCUUAUAGUAUAGUGUCGUAUAACACUGCGUCUCAGCGUUUUAUUUAACUACAUCGUGUGGAUUAUUCUUGUUCUGCUUGUUAUAAUAUCGUAUGGUAAUUUAUUUUAUAUUAACGUAUAUGGUAAUGCAUAUAUUAUCGUAGGAUACUUCAUUUUAUAGCAUCAGCGUACUGCAUCAUAUAGUAUCGGUUAUACAUUACUUCCUUACGUAUAUCUUUUGUAAACAACUAACCUUUGUUCUAUAAUUGCACUCUUUAUGCUAAUAGAUUAAAAAUCAAUUUUGUUUUCUCUGUUUUAGGUUUAGAAAUGAAUUAAGCACAAAUGAAAAAUAGAAUGCUCCACUUGGAACAACUUCCUCACCAAACCCCACUUCCUCCAAACCAAAUAUGUCGCAUAAAAAGAGACUAGGAACUAACUCGAGUGAGAAUGGAGACUACUUGCAAGCGUGUUUAGAAGUGGAUCCACUGAACUGGACGUUUGAUGAGAACACUCCUCGUGAUGCUGAGAAUGAGGGGCAAGAUGAGGCGACUCAAUCGAAACAACGCAAAACUGAAGAUAGAAAGGACGUCGCACUAGAGCAACAAGAUGUGUUUCCUGCUGAUGUCAGCAUUUUAGAGACCUUUUUACCCGUGCCAUGUGUAUCGAAAACAGUGCAAGCCACAUCCAACGAAUUAAAAAAACAGCUUCUUGGCGCCGAUAACAAAACAGGAGGGAUAAUUAUUAUUGAUGAUCCGUUCUCCUUCUUGGUGGACGAAAUUAUACUCUCAAUGUUCAAAUUCCUUCCACAUUCUUCACUCACGAGAUGUGUCCAAGUUUGCCAUCGGUGGAAACAAUUAGGAUACGACGACUUGCUUUGGAGAGAGGUGAACCUUGAUGGUAAACAUAUAAACUGUGUAGGAGUGCUUGGAUCAAUACUCCAUCGUGGUGUUAGGGUAGUCCGAUUAAGCAAAGCAGAGAUUUUAGCUCCCAUUUGUGUGAACGAUUGUAACGUAUCAAGUGAAAAUUCUUUGUUUAGCUGUGGUACAUUUUCGCUGACUCACCUUGAUGCUUCAAUGACGAAGUUCGGUGCCGACAACUUAGCUUGCCUGUUAUUUAGAUGCAAUUCGUUAAAGUUUCUCUCAUUGGAAGGCUGUAAAAUGGGAAUACGCGAGAUCACUGCCAUUAGCUACAACCAUGGUUUAGAAGUAUUGAAUUUAGCCUUGUCGAUUGGUUUGACAUCAUCUGCCAUAGAUGUGGUAACUAGAAAGUGUUUAAAACUGAAGUCGUUAAAUUUAUCAUGGACCAAUCAAACAAGAGACAGCGUUCGAUACAUUUGCCGCUGCAAGGAGUUGCAAGAAUUAAAUUUAAGCGGAUUGAGAGGUGGAAUAAACAGAAAAGUCAUGGAGAUGCUAGUGACUUCGUGUAGCAAACUCACAGCGCUUGAUUUCAGUGACGUCACAUUACAGAUAGGAACGAUGAAAUUAGUUGCUGACAACUGCGCUUUUCUUCAGAAGUUGUCAAUAAGUCGAUGUUCUGAUGUGAAACCCGAACAGUUGUUAGAACUGCUAAAACUUCCGGAGUUAUCACAUUUAAAUUUGUUUGGCUUCGUCAACUCGGACGCGUUGGAUCGAUUCACUAAAGCAAGACCUGGUCUUUACAUAAACAAAGGCGUCUUCUCACCCAUAGCACGCCCUAUUUCCACAGCAACCUAUGAAGGUAGACUUUGGGAGCAGUACUCAGGGUUUAUCAUAUAGAAACCAGUCUUGCACAAAACAUAGCGUUCUGCAAGCUAGCGUUUAAAUUUAUAGUCGCAAAACACUUGUAAGUAUGUAAUGGUUGAAGUAUUGUCAAUGGGAAGUCUAAUGUAUUAAUGUCAAAUUGCUGAAGUCAAUAUAUAUUUCACAAAAAUGACGUCAUUGUAAAAUGUCGUCAUGCCGGAAAGGGUAGUGUAGAUUUCGCGGAUAAAAUGGUGGAAUAUCAGAAGAAUACAGAUGUUGCGGCAACAAUGUUGUCAUAAAAUAGCGAUAUAACGUAAACAUUAACUGGCGUCGUCGAAUCGAUGUUGGCAAAAAGGCGUCAUACCGGAAAAUAUCGAUUUGGCGUAUUAACUGGCGUUUUGAAACGAUGUCAGUACAAAAUGGCGUCAUACUUGAAAAAUUACCGAUGAACAACAUCCACAGGGCGAAAACGACAAAUGUUGCGGUUUAUGGCUAAAUUUAAAUUUAUUCUUCUAGAAAUAGUUUUUAUAAGAGAAAGGUAAGUGCUCUUACAUACAGGCUUUAGCGACUGAUAAUUCUUCGACAACUAAGUUUUAGUAAAAACUGGACUGAAUUAGAGUUUAGUGCUCUUUCACACGACAUUUUUUUCUAGUUUUGCGCAGUGUUGGCAUCUUAUAUGAACGCUUCUAUCUUUAAACCCUUUUUUACAUCCAAA